AUGGACUCCAUCGUCCUGCCCGGGGAAGCCCUCGGGAGCUGCGACGUGUACGUUGGCGGCGAGAACACGUACAUCCUGCAGAAGGAGGUGAGGUCGGCCAUCCUGGGGAGAAGGCAGCUCGAAAGGGACGAUGACGGAAAGCAAGUGAUCAGCGUAGCCAACACGAAAGAGUUCAUGCCGCUGCCACAAGCAGGAGACCUCGUGACGUGUAAAAUAUAUCGAGUUACCUUUAACUUAAUCUAUUGCAACAUCGUCUUGCUGAACGGUAGAGCGAUAAAAAAUCCCUUCAGGGCAUUCAUCAACAAGAGCGACAUCCAUGUGUACGAAGGAGAGUUAGGGGACAAUUUUGAAUGCUUUAAACAGGGAGACAUAAUCAAGGCGAAGGUUCUUUCGGUAGGACAGCAUGGGUCGUACAAGCUGUCUACCGUGGGGUCCGACUUGGGAGUCAUCUUGGCGCUCAGCGACAAGGGUGAAAUUAUGAAGCCCGUGGCCUGGAACCUGAUGGUCAACCUGAGCGACAUGAGCUUCGAGAAGAGGAAGGUCUCCAGGGACUUCUUCGUCCCGCUGUGA